AUGCGCUACACUACGAUCGCCGCUGCUGCGGCAUUGGCGUGCGCGCCUUUUACUGCAGCGCACUCCUGGGUUCAGCAAUUACGAAAUGUCAACAACAACGGAUCAUAUGUCGGUAACUGGGGUUAUCCGCGGGGCUAUUGUGCUAAGGGCGAUAGCUGCGACCCGGGGAUUAUCAACAAUUUUCUAAUACCUGCAACUGGCCUGUUUAUCGACGAUAGUAACGUGCUUUGCAAGGACAGCCAACAAAAGGCGGUACAGGAAGACGCAGUAAAGUAUCCGCGCCUUCAGGCGGUGCCGGGGAUGCAUAUUGCUCUGCGCUACUCGGAGAAUGGGCACGUUUCUUUAAAUGGUACCCCGCAAGAAGACACAAACAAGUUUAAGCCAUCUAAGGGAGGCACCGUCUUUAUCUACGGCACCACUGAACCUAAAGAGGACGAAAAACUUGUCAACGUUUUGAAGUGGAACAAAGAGGGGGGCGGCGGAGACGGCCGGGGCGUGCUCCUGGGGACGAACGACUUUGACGAUGGUCGAUGCUAUGAAAACAACAACUCCCCCAUCGCCAAGGCGCGUGCAGCGUUAGACCCAUCCUAUGCCUUGGGCCAAACCGGCGAGGGCAAUGGGGAAUUUGGUCUCCCAUGCGAAUCGAACAUCGAGUUCCCCAAGAAUGCAACUGCCGGCAAGCCCUACACCCUCUACUGGGUCUGGCAGUGGAACACGCCCCCCGGCCUGGACCCCAAUAGGCCGCUUGGCAAGGACGAAUAUUACACCUCGUGCAUGGACGUUGAUGUCGUGGACACUUUCUCCGCCGAAGCUAACGCCAAACCCAAGUAUACCACUCCGCAACAAGAUGACGCAUCCGCCGCUGUGAAGGACUUUGCCGACCGCACUGCGAUCUACACGAAUGCUAUUAAGGGUGAGAUCGGGCCCUACUUCUCGAAGAACCAGACUACGCCGGGCGGACUUCCUGCCUCUGGUACCCCCUCCAUCCCCAUGACUCCUGGGCCCACAGACAUUCCCCCUAUGUCUUCUCGACCGGGUCUUCCUCAACCCAGUCAGGGCGCAUCUGAUGGCAGUGGAAACAUCGGCAACGGUAAUGGAGGUGUUGUGACCGUUACCGACGUCGUCUACGUUACCGUCACAGCUCCGAACAACGGCCCAACCACGCUCGCGACUGUCGCGAUACCUACCUCUGAGGCUGCACCUCAAAACUCCUCGGGGGUGCAGUCGGUCGGCAAUGCGCCGAAUCCGACAGGCAUUCCGCAGCUGAGCCAACGUCCCGGUCGUCAACCGCAAGCGACUGUGAACGCUGCCCCAUUUCGAGGCCGACUCCGUCGGGCGUAG